AUGACUCUAUUGAAUAGGACGCAGGGCAUCUGGUUGAAGGACCGGCACUUGACCUUUCAGCAAAUACGAGAGGGAGGAGCAAGAGAAAGCUCCGGUACCCUCCAUAUUAAGGACAAGCCCAGAGGCACUUGUGAUCAAGUAUCUCCAGGUUGCACUUUCUCAAAUGCGCGGUUCAAGAUCAGCACAGCAACGGUUGAAGCGUUAAACAACACUGCAGUAGUCACUAUCGAAGAUCCACCCACGGAACGACCUCCAGAAAAGCACAAGUCAUGUGGACUUGCAUGCACGUCCAAAGCCAGACUGGAAAAUCACAUGUUUGCACACUGUCACAAUGAGUCUGAAAAGUGUCCUGCUACUCCUCCAUCAAAUGUUCAGAUGGGAGAGGAGGACUUUGGGUGCGACGUGUGUCCCUCUGCAUUCUCACAGUCUGUCAGUCACGAAAACCACGUGUCGAAGCGUACUGAUGAGAAGACAUACAGGUGCGAUCUCUGUCCUGCAGAGGUCAACCGGAAUGCGCAUCUACGGCUUCACAAGCGGACAGUCAAGGGGGAGAAGCCAUACAAGUGUGAUGUCUGCCCUGCAAAGUCCAGCCGGAGCAGUGACCUGCAGCGCCAUAAGAGGACACACACCGAGUUCAUCCAGAGUACGCACCUGCAGCAUCACAAGAAUAAACACAUGGGCGAGAAGCCAUACAACUGUGAUGUCUGUCCUGCAGAGUUCAUCCCGAGCACGAACAUGCAGCGUCACAAGAGGACGCACACGGGCGAGAAGCCAUACAAGUGUGAUGUCUGCCUUGCAAAGUUCAGCCGGAGCAGUGACCUGCAGCGCCAUAAGAGGACACACACCGGUGAGAAGCCAUACAAGUGCGAUGGUUCUCCUGCAAAGUUCAGCCGGAGCGGGCACCUACGGGACCACAAGCGGACACACACUUGA